ACACUCAAAAAGUUUUGAAUUCUGACUUUGCGCCAAGCGCCAAAUUGUGUUUUUGUUUACGCGUACAAUUUUUAUUAAAACUACACCUAACAAUGAGUUUGUGGGUUGAUAAAUACAGACCCAAAGAUUUAAUGAAACUUGAUUAUCAUAAGGAUCAAGCAACAAGAUUAAAAAAUUUAGUUCAACAAAGCGAUUUCCCGCAUCUUCUUGUAUAUGGGCCUUCCGGUGCCGGUAAAAAAACUAGAAUUAUGUGUUUGCUACGGGAACUUUAUGGCUCUGGUGCUGAACGAUUGAGACAAGAAACCAUGCAUUUUACAACACCAUCCAAUAAAAAAAUAGAAAUUAUGACAGUAAGUAGCAACUAUCACAUAGAGGUUAACCCAACGGACGUGGGAAUUCACGACCGAGUUGUUAUAAUGGAUUUAGUAAAAAACGUUGCACAAACGCACCAAAUAGACUCGUCUGGGCAACGUGAAUUUAAGGUAGUUAUUCUAAAUGAAGUCGAUGACUUAACUAAAGAUGCGCAGCACGCUUUACGUCGGACAAUGGAGAAAUAUGUUGCUACAUGCCGACUUAUUUUGAUCGCCAAUUCUAUAUCAAGAGUCAUACCUGCUAUAAGAUCACGUUGUCUUACUAUAAGAGUACCAGCGCCCACAGAAAACGAAAUAGUCACAGUAUUGCAUUCGGUGUGCAAAAAAGAAGGUUUAAGUCUUCCAACAGAACUAGCAAUGCGCAUCGCCAAAGCAGCUGAUAGAAAUUUACGUAGAGCAUUACUAAUGUGUGAAGCAUGCAAAGUACAAAAAUAUCCAUUUACACCUGAUCAAAAAGUUCCAGAACCUGAUUGGCAACAGUAUAUCAGAGAGACUGCUUCUAUGAUAUUAACUGAACAAUCACCAAAGAAACUCGGUGAAGUAAGACAAAAGUUAUAUGAAUUAAUAAUACAUGGUAUUCCUCCGGAUAUGAUAUUUUCAGGGCUCUUAUGUGAACUGGUUCGUAAUUGUGAUAUAUCAAUGAAAUGUCAGAUUGCAAGGUAUGCAGCAGAGUAUGAACACCGAAUGAGAUUGGGCAAUAAGCCAAUAUUCCACCUUGAAGCCUUUGUAGCUAAAAGUAUGGCAAUAUAUAAGAAGUAUGUGGAAGAAUCCUUGGGUGAUGCAUUUUGAAUUUUUAUAACAAAACAAAUAA